AUGUGCGGGUGUUUGGACGGGUUUCGGAAAAAGAAGGGCAAUGAGAAGGACGGCAUCAUCCUCGGGGCCGAGGAACGGCGGCUACGCGCCAAUGACUCGGAGUAUAAUGCACAGUUCAAGUAUAAGGACAACUACAUCAAGACGUCCAAGUACAAUCUGCUCACCUUCAUCCCCCAGAACCUCUUCGAGCAGUUCACGCGGAUAGCGAACUUCUACUUUUUAGUGUUGAUGAUAUUACAGUUUAUCCCGGUGAUCUCCUCCAUAGCCUGGUACACCACCUUCAUUCCGCUCGUCUUCGUGCUGGCCGUCUCGGCCAUUAAGGACGCCUACGAUGAUGUGCAACGGCACAUCUCGGAUCGGCAGGUCAAUAAUAGGAAAUCCUACGUCGUCAGGGGAGGUCGCCUCGUCGAGGAGCCGUGGCACAACGUCAAGGUCGGCGACGUCAUCCGGAUGAUGAGCAACCAAUUUGUGGCGGCCGACCUCUUCGUCCUGUCCACCUCCGAGCCCCACGGAAUCUGCUACAUCGAGACGAAGGAACUCGACGGGGAGACGAACCUGAAGACCCGGGGUGCCCUCGCCGAAACGGCCGAGAUGGGCGAUGAUUUGGACCAGAUCUCGCCCUUUCAUGGCGAAAUCGUGUGCGAGGCGCCGAACAACAAGCUCGACAAGUUCAACGGCCAGCUGAAUUGGCAGGGACGGACGAUGGCGAUGACGAACGAUAAUAUUUUGCUUCGUGGAUGUAUUCUGAAGAACACGAGAUGGUGCUACGGAGUCGUGAUCUUUGCCGGCAAGGACACGAAGCUGAUGAUGAACUCGGGGAAGACCAAGUUCAAGCGGACGAGCCUGGAUCGAUUCUUGAAUGUCUUGAUCUUGGGGAUCGUGCUCCUCCUCCUUGCCAUGUGCCUGAUCUGCACCAUCCUCUGCGGUGUCUGGGAGUGGACCACCGGCCGAUUUUUCACCGUCUACCUGCCUUGGGACAGCUCCAUUCCCGGGUGGAAUGAUGCGGAUAAGGGCGGCAAGCAAAUCUCGGUCAUCUCCUUCCUCAUGUUCUUCUCCUACAUCAUUCUGUUGAACACGCUGGUGCCGAUCUCACUAUAUGUCAGUGUGGAGGUUAUACGAUUUAUCCAUUCCUUCUGGAUCAACAACGACCGGGAGAUGUUCUACGAGAACGGGGAAAAUUCGGUGGCAGCUAGGGCUCAAUCUACCACACUAAAUGAGGAGCUUGGGCAGGUGCAAUACGUCUUCUCGGACAAGACGGGCACGUUGACCCAAAACAUCAUGACCUUCAACAAGUGCACAAUCAAUGGUGUUCGCUAUGGUGAUGCCAUGGAUGCCCGCGGAAACUAUCUCGACAUUCAUGAGAACACACCCUCCGUCGACUUUCAAUUCAACCCGGAGUACGAGCCGACGUUCAAAUUCUACGAUUGGAACUUGUUGGACGCCGUCAAUAAGGGGACAUUUGAGGUUACCGAAUUCUUCCGCCUACUCGCUCUCUGCCACACCGUCAUGCCCGAGCGGGACAACGGCCGAUUGGUAUACCAGGCACAAUCACCCGACGAGGCCGCCCUGACUUCUGCGGCCAGGAAUUUUGGGUUUGUCUUCAGGAGCAGAACACCACAGUCGAUUACGAUUUCCGUGAAUGGGAAGGAGGAGGUCUAUGAACUUCUGUGCAUCCUCGACUUCAACAACGACCGCAAGAGGAUGUCCGUCAUCUGCCGGAAUAGCCAGAAUAAAAUCCGUCUCUACUGUAAGGGAGCGGAUAUGAUGAUCAUGGCAAGAUUGAGCCCCCAAACAUCACCCCUUCUCCUCGACGCCACCAACCAACAUCUUGCCGAUUUUGCCGCGAUUGGCCUGCGAACGCUCUGUCUUGCUUAUAAGGACAUUGACAAUGCGUAUUUUGAGGAUUGGAUGCGCCGCCAACGCGAGGCCUCCAUUGACAUGUACAACCGGGAGCAGAGGCUGGAGGAGGUUUAUGAGGAGAUUGAGAAAAACAUGAUCCUGCUCGGAGCCACUGCCAUCGAGGACAAACUGCAGGACGGAGUUCCGGAGGCUAUUGCAAGACUCGCGGCCGCCAAUAUCAAAAUCUGGGUCCUCACCGGUGACAAGACGGAAACGGCCAUCAACAUUGCCUACUCGUGCCACCUAUUGACGGACGAUAUGAGCGAGAUUAUGGUUAUUGACGGACACACCGAGCAAGAGGUCGACGUCCAGCUCCGAGACACCUGGAGGGCUUUCGACGCCGCGCUGGCAGCUACCCGCGCCCACCGCUUCGGCUGCACAACGGCCGUCGAACGCUACAUCGACGACAUCAUCCGUUACGUCCGCGAGGCCGAGGCCCAGCAGCAGGAGUACAGGCCCAUUACGGUAGCUGUAGACCUUGGUGGUGACGUCCCCCACGUCGCACCAACUUACACCCACCUCUGCAUUAGUACGGGACGGCCGCCGACGUCGACAGCAAGGAGUCCAGAUCGGCAAAUAUCAACGAUACAGGAGGAAGCAAAUUUUAACGGCGACCAACAAUCCCCCGGUACUUCCGGUGAAGGCGGUGUGGCGCUGGUCAUCAACGGGGAUUCCCUAGGAUUUGCAUUGAACGAGCGGCUGGCCCCGACAUUCUUGGAGAUCGCGUGCAAGUGUCAGGCGGUGAUCUGCUGCCGAGUGACGCCUCUGCAAAAAGCCCAGGUGGUGGAUCUUGUGAAGCGGAAUAAAAAGGCCGUCACGCUGUCGAUAGGGGAUGGAGCCAACGAUGUGUCGAUGAUCAAGACUGCACAUAUUGGUGUCGGGAUUUCUGGCCAAGAAGGCAUGCAAGCCGUCCUCGCCUCCGACUAUUCCAUCGGACAGUUCAAAUACCUGGAACGACUCCUAUUAGUGCAUGGAAGAUGGUCCUACAUCCGCAUGUGCAAAUUCCUGAGCUACUUCUUCUACAAGAACUUCGCCUUCACCCUCACCCACUUUUGGUUCUCGUUCUUCUGCGGGUAUUCGGCUCAGACGGUUUUCGACGCGAUUCUCAUCGCUUGUUAUAACCUGUUCUUUACGGCGUUACCGGUGAUGGCGAUGGGUGUACUUGACCAAGACGUCGACGCUGUUAGCAGUUUGAGAUACCCAAAGCUCUACCUCCCCGGCCAAUACAACCUCUUCUUCAACAUGCGCAUAUUCAUCUACUCGGUGCUGCAGGGAAUGUUUAGUUCACUGGUGAUAUUCUUCGUGCCAUACGGGGCCUUCUACGAGGCCGUAGACCAUACGGGAAAAGAUAUGAACGAUUAUCCAGCAUUGGCAUUUACCGCUUUUACGGCACUCUUUAUUGUGGUUACCAUACAGAUCUGCCUCGACACCUACUACUGGACAGCGAUCACCCACAUUGUCACCUGGGUUCGGUCAUCUUCUACUUUGCCCUGUGCUUCAUCUUCUACGAGGCGCUGCCGUUCUCGUUCCUAUCCAAGACGGCGUCGGCCAUUUCGUACGACGUCGCCUUCCGGACGA